AUAAAUUUUAUUUAAUAUUUUAAUAAUUUUUGAUGUUAUUACACCGUGAUUUUAAUAAUUAAUAAUUUCAAAGCGCUUUAUUAAAACGAUUAUGAUUUGAGCCAUAAACUCAAUUUUAUUUAUUAUUUGUUUUAAUUUAUGAUCGUUUUUCUUUUGACAGUUGAGGUUAUGUUAUUUUUAUUGUUAUGUUUACGCUUGAAAUGAUUAAGUGAAUUUGUUAAAAUAAUAAUUAGUUUAUUAGUUAUUAUUAUAAACAGUGCAUAAUAUUUUUGAUGUUUUAAUUAAGUGAAUGAUUUUAAAAACAUGAUGGAAAAACCAACAACUGCGGGUUUAUGGAAUAGAAGAAGAUUAGAUCCAGGACACAGAAUAGUGGGCAACACAAAUUGCUACUGUCAAUCUGCUUUUUAAAAUCUUUGAAGGAUGAGAUUGUUAAAGAACCGAAAAUACUCAGCGAUGGUGACCAAGAAAACUCCUUCGCCCCGUUUGUUUUGAUGGAAAAUUUAAUCGAAAAAUUAAAAAUAUUGAAUUUCGAUGAAGAAUUCACCACAGAUCUUAAAAUGAAACGUAUUCACAGAUAUUAUUUCAUGAUACCUAAAAACCCAGGGGAACAAUUUUAUAUGUUUUCGGCUUUAACAGCUUGGUUAAUACGAAAAUGUGGUAAAAAAUUUGAUCAACCUCAAGAAUACGAUGAUCCGAACACCACAAUAGCUAAUAUUUUAGAUGCUGUCCGCGAAGAGAAUAUUUCCGUUGAUUUUCCCCCUAAUAAACUUAAACAAGGAGUAGGAGAAUAUGUUACAUAUAUUUUAAAUAAUUUAGCUGAUAAAGCCUUAAAUUACACAAACUUUACAUUUGAUAAACCUAUCAUCGAACCUGAUCCUCAAGAAGAAUCUGAAAUAAUAACAGAUGAAUCUGAAAUAGUUUUAGAUAAAGUUGAAGAAGAAAUGUUGGCUUAUUACUCUGAUGAAUCUGAUGAUGACAAUGUGUUUAACUUAAACGCAACCCAACAAAAUAAAAGUACUCCAAGACAAAUUGAAUCGAUAAAUAUCGAUCAAGAAAAUUGGAAUUUAGAGAUUGAAAGGGUUUUACCCCGGUUAAGAAUUACAAUUCGUAAUGAUAACAGAGAUUGGAGGAGCAAUUUAGAACAAAUGAAACAAUACAGAAACACUAUUAACCAAAAUCUUACCACAACAAAGCACCAUUUGGAAAAAGUACAAAAAGACGUUGUAACAACGCUUGAAAAAAUCUCAAAUCGCGAAAAAUAUUUAAAUAGGGAACUUGAAGGGGUGCUCGAGGAAUACAGAAACUUGCAAGAUCAACUGUCGAAAACAAAGGAUACUUAUCGGAGUUUAAGUGGCGGCGUUACAGAGAGAACUAGAGAAUUGGCACAAUUAACUGAUAGAUUGGAGACUGUAAAACAGGAAAUGGAAGAUAGAGGUAGUUCUAUGACAGAUGGAACCCCAUUAGUGAACAUUAAAAGAGCGAUUACAAAAAUUAAAUCGGAAAUAAUGGAAAUGGAUGUUCGAAUUGGGGUGCUUCAAUGUUUAUUGCUCCAAUUAAAAAUUCGGGAUAAAAAAAUUUUAGAAGACGAUUUAGGCCAAUCAAUGGGAGUAAUUUAAUUUUUUAUUAGUUUCUUAGAACGUAUUUAUUCGUUAUCUUGUUGUUAACGUAAUAAAUAGGAAUUUUUCAAACUU